AUGGAAAAAGAAGAACAAAGGCAAAAGGAAGAAGAACGAAGGCAAAAAGAAGAAGAACGAAGGGAAAAAGAAGCAGAGGAACCUAAUGAAGAGGAAUUAAAUAGAAGGAAAAUAGAGGAAGAAAUAAACAGAAGG